AUGUCUAACCCAAAAGUCUUUUUUGAUAUCUCCAUUGGCGAUGUUCCCAAGGGGCGCAUUGUUUUCGAACUCUACCAAGACGCGGUGCCAAAAACCGCCGAGAACUUUAGAGCCUUGUGUACCGGUGAAAAGGGCGUGGGAAAACUCGGAAAGCCCUUGCACUACAAGGGCUCUACGUUUCACCGUAUCAUCAAGGACUUCAUGUGCCAGGGUGGUGACUUUACUGCCGGCAACGGGACCGGGGGUGAGUCCAUCUACGGCGAGAAGUUUGAGGAUGAGGCGUUCCCAUUGACCCACGACAAGCCUUUCUUGUUGUCCAUGGCUAACUCCGGCCCUAACACCAAUGGAUCGCAGUUCUUCAUCACCACCGUUGCGACCCCCCAUCUCAACGGCAAGCACGUUGUGUUUGGUGAGGUCUUGUCGGGAAAAUCAAUUGUUCGCGCGAUGGAACGCUGCGAAAAGGGCGAAGGCGACGCACCGUUGCACCCUGUUGUGAUUACCGACUCUGGUGAGUUGCCAGUGGACUACGAGGUGCAGCCUGUGGACGAUGGCACCGGCGACGUUUACGAGGAGUGCUUGGCUGACGAGUCUAAGGUGGAUGUGAAGAACCCUGACUCUGUUUUCAAGGCUGUUACACAUAUCAAGGAUAUCGGUACCACCUUGUUUAAGGCCAGUGACGUCACCAGAGCGUUGGCAAAGUAUCAAAAGGCUGCCAGCUACUUGGAGGAGUACUUCCCAGACGACUUGUCUGAGGCUGACUUGAAGACCUUGUACACCCUCAAGCUCUCAUGUUACUUGAACGCUGCUUUGAUGGCUAUGAAGUUGUCCAGGAGCAAGGAAACCAUCGACGCCGCAUCGAAGGCGUUGGACGUGGAGGAGAUUGACGACAAGUCAAAGGCCAAGGCCUACUACAGAAGAGGUAUGGGAUACGUUAAGGCGAAAGACGAGACUGCUGCCCAGAAGGACUUGGAAGACGCUCUUGCACUCUCUCCGGGCGAUGCUGCCAUUCUUAAGGGGUUGGAUGACGUCAAGAAGAGCAUCAAGGCUCGUCGCGACAAGGAAAAGGCCGCGUUCUCCAAAUUUUUUGCUUGA